AUACUGGGUAUGUUAUUGUUGAGUUUCUUACAUUUUGCAUUUUUUGUAAGUUCUGAUCCAGAUUCUCAUCAAUUGGUGAUUUGUCCUUCACCAAGGGAAAAGAGGUGAACUUGGAGGCUGUGUGAAUAAGUGAGUCCAAAAGUCUGCGUGACUCCUUCAAGAAAAAGAUGGGAUCAGAGGGUUCUGAAAAGGAUCUCGUAGUGACUCAAAUUAGUGUUGGUGGGUUCUGCAAUGAUGUCAAUGCGAAAGUGCUUUCAGAAUAUCUGGAAGAACAAGUUGGACAAGUGUGGAGGUGUAGAUUAAAGACUUCAUCCACUCCUCCUGACUCUUACCCGACUUAUGACAUUGAUGUAGAGAACGUGCGAAGAAUGAACAAUUACAUAAAAGUGGAACCUCAUGCAUUCGUUCAUUUUGCAUCUUCAGAGUCCGCACAGAAUGCUCUUGCUGCUGCUAGGCGUAAUGAACUCUUCUUAGAAGAGAAGCCUUUGAAGGUUAGUUUGGGUCCUGAGAAUCCCUUUAAUAUGAAUAAGAGGAGAAGAACUAUCAUGCCUUUUAAGUUUUCGGACGUUGGUGUAGAAAUUGGAGUACUGGUUAGUAAUGAUGACUUUGUGGUUGGUUGGAGGGGACCUCAUUCUGGUGUUAACUUUCUUGUGGAUCCAUUUAAUGGGACAUGCAGAAUACUUUUCACAAGGGAUACUGCUUUCUGUUUCAAGGGUGAAGGAAAACAUGCCGUUAUAAAAUGCAAUUUCAAGAUUGAGUUUUUGCUGAGGGAAAUCAAUGAGAUUAACGAAUGCAAAGACUUUGCAUCUUUGGUAUUAUUGUUGCAGCUGGCUUCAUCUCCAUUGGUUUUCUAUAGAACUGCUGAUGAUGACAUUGAAGAAUCAGUUGCUUUUGACUUAUUAGAUGACGAUGAUCAGUGGAUCCGAACCACAGACAUUACAUGUAGUGGAGCCAUUGGUAGGUUUAAUACCUACCGUAUUUCAAUUCGACCUCGCAAUGGUCCUAGCCUUAAGAAGGCCAUGAACUAUUUCAGAGAAAGUAGGGUGCCUGUGGUAGAACAGGGUAACAGGCAGAUGCUCCGGGUGAGAGAUGAGCCUGAUUUUGGGGUGUCCGUCUCAGAACCUUUCUUCUGCUUUCAAAACCAUGAAGGUAUAAGCUUUAAGGUCUUGUUUCUGGUAAAUGCGGUUUUGCACAAAGGCAUAGUUAAUCAGCAUCAGAUGACUGCUGAAUUCUUUUCUUUGCUUAGAAAGCAUCAGGAGGGGGUAAAUUUAGCUGCACUGAAGCACAUCUUUUCUUACAAAAGGCCUGUCAAUGAUGCUAUUCAGAAGUUAGCAAGUGUCCAGAAAUGGCUAUUUAGUAAUCCUAACCUUCUCGAGAGAACUGGACAGUUGGAUGAUGUUGUAGAGGUUAGAAGGUUGGUUAUUACCCCAACCAAAGCAUACUGUCUUCCGCCAACUGUUGAGCUAUCCAAUAGAGUUCUCAGGAAGUAUAAGCAGGUUUCAGAUCGAUUUUUGCGAGUUACUUUUAUGGAUGAGGGCAUGCGUAACUUGAACAGGAAUGUUCUGACAUACUAUGCUGCUACUAUUGUGAGAGAAAUUACAUCAAGUUCUAAUCCCCAGAGAACUGGAAUCUUCCAAAGGGUGAAAAGUAUUCUGAGUAAAGGAUUUUAUCUGUGUGGUCGAAGGUAUUCUUUUUUGGCUUUCUCAGCUAACCAGCUGAGGGAUCGUUCUGCCUGGUUUUUUGCUGAAGCCCCGGAAAUUAGGGUGCCCAACAUCAUAAACUGGAUGGGUAAGUUCGGUAACAGGAAUGUUGCAAAAUGUGCUGCUAGGAUGGGACAGUGCUUUUCAUCAACCUAUGCAACAGUGGAAGUCCUUCCAAGCGAGGUUAACUCCGAGCUUCCAGAUGUAGAAAGAAAUGGGUAUGUUUUCUCUGAUGGAAUCGGCAUGAUGUCAGCAGAUCUAUCUAUAGAAGUUGCAGCGAAGUUGCAGUUAAGUGUCAAUCCUCCUUGUGCUUAUCAGAUAAGGUAUGCUGGUUGUAAAGGUGUUGUCGCAUGUUGGCCGGCAGAGAAAGAUGGUAUCCGCCUUUCUCUGAGACCAAGUAUGAAGAAAUUUGACUCAAAUCACACUAUCCUUGAAAUCUGCUCUUGGACGAGAUUACAGCCUGGUUUUCUGAACCGGCAAAUAAUAACCUUGCUCUCGUCCUUGGAAGUUAAAGAUGAAAUGUUUUGGGAAAUGCAGAAAGAAAUGUUAUCAAAGUUGGAUAAGAUACUUGUGGAUUCGGACAUGGCUUUUGAUGUAAUUACAGCUUCAUGUGCCGAGGCAGGAAAUACAGCGGCUAUAAUGUUGAGUGCAGGGUUUAAACCUCAAAGUGAACCUCAUUUGAGAGGGAUGUUGGCUAGCAUUAGAGCUGCUCAACUCGGCGACCUCAGGAAUAAGGCAAGGAUGUUUGUUCCUUCAGGAAGGUGGUUGAUGGGCUGUUUGGAUGAAUUAGGUAAACUUGAGCAAGGCCAAUGCUUUAUUCAAGUGUCAGGCCCUUCAUUGGAGACCUGUUUUGUUAAGCAUGGUCCAAAGUUUUCUGAAAUCAAGAAAAAUCUUCAAGUAAUAAAGGGCCUUGUUGUAAUUGCAAAGAACCCGUGUCUUCAUCCCGGGGAUGUGAGGAUUCUGGAGGCUGUAGAUGUUCCUGGUUUACACCAUCUCUUUGAUUGUCUGGUCUUCCCUCAGAAAGGGGAUAGGCCACAUUCAAAUGAAGCAUCAGGGAGUGACCUUGAUGGUGAUCUCUACUUUGUGACUUGGGAUGAAAAUCUCAUUCCACCCAGUAAGAAAAGCUGGAUGCCAAUGGACUAUGCACCUGCAGAAGCCAAACAGUUGGGUCGUCAAGUUCAGCAUACGGACAUAAUAGAUUUUUUCUCAAAGAACAUGGUCCAAGAGAGUCUAGGAGAAAUCUGCAACGCACAUGUGGUUCAUGCUGACCUCAGUGAAUUUGGAGCUUUGGAUGAGAAGUGCCUUAAAUUGGCAGAACUUGCUGCUCUAGCCGUUGAUUUCCCCAAAACUGGAAAACUUGUCACCAUGCCAUUUGACCUCAAACCAAAAAUGUAUCCAGACUUCAUGGGGAAAGAGCCGUUUCAAACAUACGAGUCAAAGAAAAUUUUGGGCAAAUUAUAUAGGCAAGUUAUAGAUGUAUAUGAUGCAGAGGGUGGAGAAUCUUCUGGACUUGAGUUUGUCCCUAAAGACAUCCCAUAUGACACUAAUAUUGAGAUUCUGGGAUAUGAAGAUUUCAUAGAUGAUGCAUGGAACCACAAAUGUUCUUAUGAUGGUCAGUUGAAUGGGCUUUUAGGACAAUACAAAGUUAACGGGGAGGAAGAGGUGGUUACUGGACAUAUAUGGUCCAUGCCGAAGUACAGUGCUAAGAAGCAAGGGGAAUUAAAAGAGAGGCUGAAGCAUGCAUAUAAUACGUUGAGGAAGGAGUUCAGGAAUGUUUUUGAGCAGAUGGAGCCUGAUUUUGAUAUGCUUCCCGUUGAUGAGAAGAAUGAUAUGUAUGAAAGAAAGGCAUCUGCGUGGUAUCGGGUCACCUACCAUCCUCAUUGGGUGACUAGAUCACUAGAGUUGCAAUUGCCAGAUGCUGUUUCAAAUGGUGUUAUGUUAAGUUUUGCUUGGAUUGCAGCAGAUUACAUUGCUCGAAUUAAAAUUAGACAACGGGGAAUGCAAAAUUCUGACUCUACCAAGCCUAUCGAUUCCCUUGGAAGGUAUCUUGUUAACAAAAUAUAACAACCAAAACUCUCAUGCGGUUAAAUGGAAAUAUAUUGGCUGCUUAUCAGCUAUUUGGCUGUAAGGCCACUCUGCCAUUAUCAAUACCUGGUUUGAUGUCCUUUCGAACCUCCUAAAUCCUACUAUUGGAUUGUUUCCUUGUGUUGAUCAGUUAUUAGAUGAAAUGUCAUCCAUGAGUUUGCCU